AUGCACGUUUUACCGCCAAGCCCUCUCAUGAUAUUGCAAGAAAUUGUGGAAUGUAAUAGGAAUUCCGGUUUAGAUGGCACAGAGACGUCAUCAGAUACAUUAUUACAUCAAGAAGCGUCGCAAGACAUGUUUCAAGUACAAUUAAAUUGUGAAAUCGAAAAUAAAGUAACUUGCGAUAAGGUUCUUGGAGAAUUUAAGAAGGUGACGAGAUAUAUAACGUCAACAUUUAUAUUCAAUACACCGAUUAAAGUGAACGUCAGUUAUUAUGAUUUUUGCACAGUGUAUCCAGCAAACUUGUGCGGGGAUUUAUCAGGAGCGGCGUAUCCAUCACAAUUUUACGCAUUACAAGACGAUGAUGGUUUGACUCGAUUAUAUCCACAAUCAUUAGUAAAACAAUUCCAAUUUCCUAAUGCUCCAAAAUAUAAUGAAUUUGAUAUAAACGCGGAAUUUAAUUCAAAAUCGAAUUUUUGGUUUGAACAAGAUUCGAUAAAUAUAAAUCCCGAUCAAGAAGAUAUUUAUUGGACGAUUUGUCAUGAAUUAAUUCACGGUCUAGGAUUUUAUAACAGUUGGAUGGGAUUUCAAACAAAAUCAAUAGCAUUAAUCCCAACGCCAGCAUUAAUAAAUCCUGAUGGAAGCGUUCCUAAAAGUAAUUUAUUGAAUACGAAUUCAUCCUUUGUUGAAUUUAUGAUGGACAAAUACACUAUAUUACUUUCGAAUGGUACUCAGAUAUCCGCAUUCACUCGACAAUUAAACACAUUUUUUAAUGAUCAUAAAUCCAGUGUUUUUAGCGAUGAAUUUAUUAAGUCUCCUCAAUUUAAAUUCGCUCAAGAUUUAUUGGUUCUUGCUACCACGCCAAAUUCUCUUGGUUUAUUACCAAGGAAUUCAAAAAAUUUUCUCUCUGAUUCUUUUAUAUUAGAAACUUCCAUCCCAACAUUUGAACAAGGAUCAAGUUUGAUUCAUGUUGAUUUUAAAACAUAUAUAAACACGAAUGAUUUUUUAAUGACUUAUAGAUCAGUUGAUGGAAAUAAUGCCGAACGAAUGAUAUUAAAUGGUGGGAACUAUUCAGGUGGUCUGAUAGGUCCUAGAUUAAAAUUAAUAAUGGAAACUUUCGGAUAUGCUACAACUGAAAACCCAAAUCCGUAUAAACCGUUGCCAUUUAAACCUCCUGAAGUGGCAUCAAAGAAAAAUGAGAAGAAUGAUCAUAACGCAAAUACUGGUUACAUAUAUCCGAUAAUAAGUAGUAUUAAGACUACGCAUCGUUGGGAUGUGCGAUCAAAAUUAAUUUCAGGAUUUUGA